AUGUUGCACAGGAAUGCUUCGGUUUUUUUCAUAGGCAAAAACUCAGUUGUUUUCUAUUCUUAUAUUUUGAAAUCAUUUUUCUUAUUAUUUAUUUUUACUAACGCUCUAUUGUUUUACUUCAUAUAUGAUCGAGAUAACCCUCAAUGCUUAAACGGCGGAACUUGUAAUCUGAACAAAAGGCAACGCACAUUACCCCGAGAAAAAUGGGGCCAAUCUGUAUUUUUUGGCCAGUUGAUGAAAAAUUUUGUUCGAGUCAAUAAUGAGUGGCGAUUAGCACCAGCAUCUAAUCGGAGUUCUAAAUCGGAAUCUUUGACAAAAACCGAAUUAAACUGCUCCACAUUACAAAAUGUUAACGAUUUCUAUUUUGUCGCAUCUGGUUACACUAAAUCAACAUUUAAAAUUAAAAUCAACAAUACUUUCCUGUCCGUGAAGAUUGUUAAUGUAGGAGGUCAUGAUGUAACUUCAUGUUUACUACAAGAAGAUAGAUUUUUGUACGACUGUUUCUUACUGUCCGCUUCCAAACUUUUGAGGGAAAUAGCUAUACUACAGUCGAUUUCUCAUCCAAAUAUUGCAAAGAUUCUUGGAUACUGUGUACCUUUGCUGCCAGAUGCUAACAACCCACAUAAUACUGUUGCCAUUUUUGAAGAAUAUGGUCAACCAAUAGACGUCAUCAAGUUAUUGCAAUUGUCAUGGGAAGAUAGGCUUCGAAUUAGCUUAGGAUUAACAAGGCUCUUGCAGUAUUUAUCCUCAUUUCGAGAGACCAUCGCUCUCAAUGACUUCAGACGUGAGCAGUUUGUCAUUAUUGAUGGGGAGCUCAAGCUCAUCGAUCUCGAUGAUGUGGGGCUCCGUGAGCCACGCUGCGUAGAAAAGCCCUGCUGUUCAUCUAAUUUGUCUGUCCACAACGAAAUUCUUUGCACCCCAUGUGUCGAUGGAACCUGCUUCGGCUUCAACGAGAAGAUGAACAUCAUCAGGACCGGAGGACACUUCAUCCGGCACAUUCUUCCACAUGGAGCACCCCCACAACUACGCCCCCUGGCGGAUAGAAUCACAGCCGCCUUUGGCCUCGGAGGUUGGAGUGCCGUUGAGUUUUCUGAACAGAUGGAGAAGCUGACGUCUCUGUUUAAGAAUGGGAGCUACAGGCAUGCUGAGUUACAUUUUCUCGAAGGGUUCAAAAAAGAAAAUCACAUGGAUAUAUCACCGAAUUUCGAUUAUCGUUGCCAGUCGGCGACAACUGGUUAUGGGUGUGCUGUGUCUGUGUACGAUGCAGAAGAAGCAGCCGAAAUAUGCUCCAGAGAUUCGAAUUGUAAAGCAUUUGUUAUGACUGGCAUUACAACAUGGACUGGGAGAACAAUUGCACAGUUCAAAAGGGGAACAGGAUCCUUAUUGCCUAACAAUUCUACUGUUGUCUAUGUGAAAUUAUGAAUUGUCUUCUAUUGAAAUUCCUAUGAAUGUAUUUACAUUGUUUUGAUGUACGCCAAACCAUGUUUUGGCUGUUA